CUAUAAAAUUACUGUAGUGUAGUAGAACGUUGAUGAAAAUUUCAAAAGGCAAUUACUCGAAAGUACUCCAACUCUAAAUGUAGUCUAACUUUGUAUAAAAUUCAGAAUCAUUUUUCUUCACAAUCAAGAUGGUUGAAGCACUGAUUAAAGCCAGACUGCUGUGCUGAUUCUGCGUAACAGUUUUGAGUUUUCCAAGGCCAUGGGAAUGAUGUCAUGUUAAAUAAAGAGAUAUUAUUGUCCUAACAAUAUGUAGUGAACUUUAGAAAAGCACUCAAAAGGAAUAUUAUUCAUUAACUAACGUGUUAGUUAAUGAUUCUAGAGAGUGUAAGAAUGUUUGAGCUACUGUGCUGUAUUUAUGACUGGUGACGCUGUAAUGAGAAACAGACUCAAGCGAGAGGAGGAGCAAUGAACUGUGUUGAUGUUCAAAGACAUCAUCGAAUGGAAACAGACAGAAAACUCGAGUGAGAAUCUGAAAGAAAAAGCUUUUUUAGAUUGCUGAUUGGCUAACCAGAAAGAAAUCUGUUCCAGCGGCAGUAGGUAGAAUCAGGAUUACUAAGAAGUUAAAGAAAGGUCAAGAAGAGAGAUUAGGGUAACAAGGGAGAAAGCUUAGUGACGCAAAGAAAAAGAAGAGCAGAGUAUUUAAAAGUGUGUAAAAAUUUUAAGAAAUGCUAUCUAAGUUUAUCUUAGCUUUAUAUUUGGCGCUGGGGCUCAGUUCUUGUGCUGCCAGCUUAGCUGAGGAUCAACACAUGACCAGAGCUCUGCAGCUGAUGUCUGAGACUCCGCUCAUUGAUGGCCAUAAUGACCUGCCUUGGCAACUUCGAAAGCAAUUCAACAAUGAGCUCAAUAAAGUGGAUCUUAAUACGCUUGAAACGACACACACCAACAUCCCUAAGAUCAAGGAGGGACGCCUGGGAGCACAGUUCUGGUCAGCCUAUGUUCCCUGUGAAACUCAGUACAAAGAUGCUGUCCGACAAACACUGGAGCAGAUAGAUGUGGUUCACAGGAUGUGUCAGAAAUACCCAGAAACCUUUAUGUUUGCCACCAGUAGCCAAGACAUCAUGGAGGCCUUCAGAAUGAACAAGACAGCCAGUCUGAUCGGGGUGGAAGGGGGUCACUCACUUGACAGCAGUCUGGGCACGCUGCGCACCAUGUACCAUUUGGGGGUCCGCUACCUCACACUCACACACUCCUGCAACACACCCUGGGCGGAUAACUGGCUUGUCGACACUGGAUCAGAGCCAUCUCAACAUAAUGGCCUGUCUCCAUUUGGCAAGCAACUAAUUGUGGAAAUGAACCGUCUGGGGAUGCUGAUCGACUUGGCUCAUGUGACUGUUAAAGUGAUGAACCAGGUGCUGGACAUGUCUAAAGCUCCAGUCAUCUUCAGCCACUCCUCCGCCUACAGCAUCUGUCCACACAAGAGGAACGUCCCAGAUGAUAUUCUCAAGAGAGUGAAUGAAACGAGAGGAAUCGUCAUGGUGAACUUCUACAAUGACUAUGUGACCUGCAGCAAGACCGCUAAGCUCUCAGAUGUUGCUGAUCACUUUGACCAUAUAAAGAAAGUGGCCGGGGUGGGCAUUAUUGGUUUUGGUGGAGAUUAUGACGGAGUUACAAGACUACCAGAGGGUCUGGAGGACGUGUCCAAGGUGCCCAAAGUGGUGGCUGAACUGCUGAAGAGAGGAUGGACUGAUGAGGAGGUCAAAGCUGCUCUGGGAAAGAACUUACUCCGUGUCCUAGGAGAGGCUGAGAAGGUCCGUGACAGCCUGAAUGGUACAAAUCCAGAUGAUGUUCCUAUUCCAUAUGAAGAGGUGAAGAAUACGUGUAGGACGAGCUACGGUUACCCCAACGCUGGACCCGCACAUUCACUCAGCACACUGGCCCUUCUGCUCACACUGGCUCUACAGGCUCUUAUUGCAUUAACACCUUCAUAGGCCGCUUGCCAAUGCAGCUGAGUGUAUGUGCUUCAAGAGUUUGUCCAUGAAUUCAAAUAAAAUCUGAAAACCUCUGUUAAUGGUUUUACUGUUUAA